AGAGGCUCAGGAGCGUGUAGUCCAGCAGACAAGGCCACCGUGUUUGCUGAUCACUUUUCGAAGUCGUUCACGAGUGAUGAUUUUAGUGUUCCUGAAUUUCCUUCGUCUGUUAUCUAUACCAUGAAUGAGGUGCCAUGGUUCUAUGGGGAUCAGUUGUAUGAGCGGAUCAUGCGUUGGCCUAGGUCUACGUCUGUGACACCUGACUUCAUACCGCUGGUUUUCAUACAGAAUAUAGCUGAUGUUAUCGUUGAGCCGUUGGCGUAUAUUUUCAAUCAGUCACUUAUGAGUGGAGAAGUAUCUCAACGCUGGAAGCACUCUUUCAUCACCCCUGUUCUUAAGAAGGAACCUUCAUCGGACCCGGCAAACUAUCGACCUGUCAGUAUCACAUCUUUGUUCUGCAGACUCUUUGAAAAAAACUAUCAAGGAGCUUAUUCUCAGGUAUGUUGCCGCUCAUGGAAUCAUACCGCGAGCCCAACAUGGAUUUAUCCCAGGGAGGUCGGUCGAGACAAAUUUGAUUGA